AUGUCUUUAAAUAUCCUUGUAAUUGGUAACGGAGGAAGAGAACACGCCAUUGUUUGGAGGCUUUUGGAAUCAUCCAGUGUCAAACACAUUUAUGUAGCUCCAGGUAAUGGUGGCACUACUACCCAAUCUUCAAAAGUCACCAAUGUCCCCAUCAGUUCAUCACCUAAAGAUUUCCAAAAAUUGCAAGAUUUUGCUGUUGAAAAGAAAAUCAAUUUGGUUGUUCCUGGACCUGAGCAACCAUUGGUUGAUGGAAUUACUCAAGUUUUCACAUCUGUUGGUAUCCCUGUAUUUGGCCCUAGUGCUAAAGCUGCCAUAAUGGAGGGUUCAAAAGCAGCAUCAAAAGACUUUAUGGAGAGACAUCAAAUCCCUACUGCCAGGUUUAAGAACUUCACCAAUGUCGAGGAAGCAAAGAAGUAUAUUGAAGAGAUUGAUUACAAGUUGGUUUUGAAAGCCGAUGGAAUAGCUGCUGGUAAAGGAGUCUUGAUUCCUGAAACUAAAGAAGAAGCUUUGAGAGGAUUGAAUGAAAUUAUGGUUGAUAAGAACUUUGGAGAUGCUGGUAAUGAAAUUGUCAUUGAAGAGUAUCUUGAAGGUGAUGAAUUGAGUAUUUUAACCAUCACUGACGGGUAUACUUUCUACAACUUGCCCGCUGCCCAAGAUCACAAGAGAAUUGGUGAUGGCGAUAAAGGUUUAAACACCGGAGGUAUGGGAGCAUAUGCUCCAGCUCCAAUUGCCACAAAGGAAGUGUUGUCCAAGAUAGAUGCCGAGAUUAUCAAGCCUACAAUUGAUGGAAUGAGAAAAGAUGGUUUCCCAAUGUGUGGUAUCUUAUUCACUGGUAUCAUGUUGACUCCAUCUAAGCAACCAAAAGUUUUGGAAUACAAUGUCAGAUUUGGUGAUCCAGAAACCCAAACGGUGUUGCCAUUGUUGAGCGACGAUACUGAUUUAGCUCAGGUUAUGCUUGCAGCAGCUGAACACAGAUUGGAUUCAGUAAAGAUUGCUACUAAACCAUUGUUUUCCACCACUGUUGUAAUGGCAGCAGGUGGAUAUCCAGAAGCAUACGGUAAAGGCGAUGAAAUUACCGUCAAGGAACCAUUGCCAAAGGAUACAUUUAUUUUCCAUGCGGGCACCAGUGCUACCGACAGUAAAGUCGUAACCAGUGGUGGAAGAGUCAUUGCAGCUUCUGCAUUAGGAGAUACUUUGAGGGAGUCUGUUGACAGAGCUUAUGUUGGUGUUGACCACGUCAGCUUCCACAAAAAGUACAACAGAAAGGACAUUGCCCAUAGAGCAUUCCGUGAUGCUGACAAGUUCAAGCAGAGUGGUGGUGUUACUUAUGCUGAAUCUGGUGUUUCUGUUGACAAUGGUAACUUGUUGGUGCAAAAUAUCAAAAAUAAGGUCAAGUCUACAGCAAGACCAGGUGCUGAUUCCGACAUUGGUGGAUUUGGUGGUUUAUUUGACUUGAAGGCUGCUGGCUACAACACCGCCAACACCCUAUUGGUCGCUGCUACUGAUGGUGUCGGUACAAAAUUGAGAAUUGCCCAAAUUAUGAAUAUACACAAUACCGUUGGUAUUGACUUGGUGGCCAUGAAUGUUAAUGACUUGGUGGUUCAAGGUGCAGAACCUUUGAUGUUUUUGGAUUACUUUGCCACUGGCAAAUUAGAUGUUGAAAUUGCUGCACAAUUUGUGGAUGGUGUUGCCAAUGGUUGUAUUGAAGCCGGCUGUGCAUUGGUUGGAGGUGAAACUUCAGAAAUGCCAGGAAUGUACGAUGAAGGCCAUUACGAUACUAACGGUACUGCAGUUGGAGCUGUUGAUAAGAACAAGAUUUUACCUAAAAUUACCAAUAUGGAGACCGGUAAUGUACUUAUUGGAUUGAAGUCAAAUGGUAUCCAUUCCAACGGGUUCUCAUUGGUACGUAAAAUCAUUGAAAUUAGCGAAUUUGAUUACCAAUCACCAGCACCAUGGAACCAAUCUAAAACCAUUGGAGAAGAAGUUCUUGUACCAACCAAGAUUUACGUCAAGCAGUUGUUGCCUAGUAUUAAUGAGGGAUUAUUAUUAGGUUUAGCUCAUAUUACUGGUGGUGGAUUGGUGGAAAAUAUCCCCCGUGCAUUACCUAAACAUUUACAAGCUAAAGUUGAUAUAAGUAGAUGGCAAGUUCCCGAAAUCUUUAAAUGGUUUGGUAAACAAGGUCAAGUGCCAGUGCAUGAUAUCUUAAAGACUUUUAAUUUAGGUAUCGGUAUGGUUUUGAUUGUUGAGAAGGCUAAUGCUGAUAAAGUAUUGCAAAGUUUGGAAAAUGCUGGUGAGAAAGGUGCUCUUGUUAUUGGUGAAUUGAUUGCAAGAAAGGAUGGAGAAGAAGGAUGUGUUGUUGACAAUGCAGAUGGAUUAUAUUAG